ACUCAACCCUCCAAUCAUAAUAUUAUUCCUUCUUUCUUCAUCAAAUAUUAAAAUUGAUUUAAUGAAAUUUAGAGAACUUGCAAAGAUAUUGGAUUUAUAGAAAAACAGACGAUUGAAACUGGAUUAGUUGUUAUAUGUUAUCAGUAUCGUGGAAUGUUUGGAUUAUUAGCAAUGGUUUAUUGGAUUUUUCAGAAUAAAUGAAUUAAAAUGGGAGUGAGAACUUGUUAUUCUAAUCUCAAGUCUCUCUUAACCAGUGAACAGAUGAAGCUACAUGUGUAAAUGACUAUGGAUACCUAUGUCAACAUGUCUUUUAGUAGUAUAUUUAAGAAAGCGACGAACUUGUUGGGUAUAGGUACAGAUAGUGUUAAAUCACCACCAUUAGAUGGAGAGAUUAUAUAUUGUAAGAAUAACGUGUGUGUACAUCCACCAGCACCGUUAACACUAGAAGUAGAACAUCAUCCUGGUUAUUUAACAGUUAGAGCUCAACAAGAUGAUGAUAAAGGUCCAACAUUAUUUCUAACAUGGAUUCCGAAUGCUUCUCUAAAAAAGAAUCCAAAAAGUAUUGAAAGUAGUCCAAGUAAACCUAAAGGGUUUACUCCACGGGCCAGUCCUAGGAAGGCACCAAAACAAGAAUUUGCUAAACCUGAUGAAGAUACCUCUCCAUCUCCUGUUGGAUCCCCAGUUGACCAAGCCAGUGUAACCUCAAACUGUCUCAGUGAACAAAAGUUAGAUAAGGAUCAAGUACCAGUCCAGAACAAAAAACACAGUGUAGAUAAUACAAGUCUUAGUUCCGAUUUUUCUCUUGGUUCGCGCGAUGAAUCUCACAGCCUGGAUAGCUGGCAGCAUAAAGAAGAUGGAGGAUGUCGCUUGGGAAACAAGUUAAGCUCUAGUUGUAAAUCUCAAACAGAUUCGGGUAUUGGCUCUGAGGAAGCCAUUACAACGCAUAAUAUAUCCAGUGUACAGAAUAAUGAAAAAGGUACAGGGUUAAUAACCAAGCCUUCGAAAGUAGGCGUUAAUGUGAAUGACUUGCACGAAAAGAACUGUAACUCUAAUGGUGAAGUUAAAAAUUUGUUGAAUACCACUCCUUCUAAAGAUGAUGAUCCAUCAUCUCAGGAAAGCGAUGGAUUAACUUCAGAAGAACAAUUAGCGGCCAUGAUGAAACGUAACAAACUCCAUGCUAAAGCUCGUGAUUCUACUGAUCCUGCUCGGGCUGUUAAAAGCAUCGUCAUGGAUGGCGAUCAACUUCAAGUCGUGACAGAAGAAAAGGAUGUUUUCCUAGAAGCAUCCAAAGAUCCCCACGAAAAAAACAUCAAUAAAAACGAAAGUAAAUUUGAAACAAGUAGUUCUCAAUCCACAGAUGUUGAAUCUUUAAGUUCUGAUUCAACCAAUCCUAGCCCGUCUGACAGUCGAUAUGAAAGCCUAGUGGCUGAACUAAGACAAAACGGUAUUGGUCAGAAUAUUCCUGAGAUUAAUUAUUAUUGUGACACUCUAGAGGACAGUGGUAAGAGACGUGAAAGUAUUAAGUGUGGAAUACAAGUUCCUAAUGAACUAGAUUUAAGUAAUUUUAUUAUUCCACCACCCAACACACCAAUGCUAACACCAGAUAUUUCUGUGACUCGUUGCCGUAAUGAUUCUUCUUCUUCUUCUUCUUCCACAACAACUUCGGGACCUGACUCCCAUCCUCCAACUCCUUACUCCUCUGAUGCUGAAUCACUUCCUUGUUCCCCAUCAAAAGAGGACUCUGUUCACUCGUUGUCAACAAGUAGUGCUGGGUCUAUAACUACCUAUAAUAUGACUUUCCCAGAGAACUCAGUAUCUUAUUCUAAUUAUCGGAAAGAAAGAAAAAGUGCCAAAGAACAAGUUUGUGGAGUAUUUUCUGUAGACCUGGGUCAGAUGAGGUCGUUGCGAUUAUUUUAUAGUGAUAACGAAUGUACCCAGGGGCAAGUUGUUAUAGCUAGUCCUGAAUCACAGUAUAAAAUAUUACAUUUUCAUAGUGGAGGACUGGAUAAGCUAGCAGAAAUAUUUGAACAAUGGGAUCUUUUCAGGAAAUCACAAACAAAAGAUAGCGACACACCAUAUCGACAGUUUCUAGUUAUGAAACCCCAAGUCACCGACGACCAGUGUCAUCCUGAGGAAGGUGUGUAUCCCAGGGUAACAGAGGACGUUUGGCAAUCACAUAUGAUGGAUGAUGGCAUCAUAGAAGAUGAUUAUCAACUCAGAAAGGCAGUAUUUUUUGGAGGACUUGAUCCUCUACUUCGACAUGAAGCUUGGCCAUUUUUACUUAAAUUCUAUCCUUUUCAUUCAACAUUUGAAGAACGAGAGAAAAUCCGUAAUGAUAAAUAUAUUGAGUAUCAGAAUAUCAGAAAACAAAGAGAAUCUAUGAAUGAAAAAGACGCUGAGAGGUUCUGGCGAGCUAUUCAGUGUACAGUAGAAAAAGAUGUUGUUAGGACAGAUAGAAGUCAUCGUUAUUUCCGUGGUGAAAACAAUCCCAACAUUGAAAUAUUAAAAAAUAUACUGCUGAACUACGCUACAGCUCAUCCACAGAUGGGUUAUACUCAAGGCAUGUCAGAUUUAUUAGCACCAAUUCUAGCAGAAAUACAACAUGAAGUUUAUGCUUAUUGGUGUUUUGAGGGACUCAUGCAGAGAACUAUAUUUGUUAGUUCACCUCGUGACAGUGACAUGGAUAAACAACUUAGCUAUUUACGUGACUUGCUGAAUCUAAUGGUGCCCAAAUUUUACAAACAUUUGGUAAAAUUAGGAGAUGAUGCUAUGGAACUUUUAUUCUGUCACAGAUGGAUAUUACUGUGUUUUAAGAGAGAAUUUUCAGAACGUGAUGCCUUGGUGAUUUGGGAAGUCUGCUGGUCACAUUAUCAAACAGAUUAUUUUCAUCUAUUUAUUUGUGUUGCUAUCGUAUGUAUCUAUGGUGAUGAUGUUGUUGAACAAAAUCUUCCUGCUGAUGAAAUCCUCCUUCAUUUUAGUAGCUUAGCUUUACACAUGAACGGUAGAAUGGUCUUAAAAAAGGCAAGAGGGUUAUUACAUCAGUAUCGUAAAAGAAGGAAAAUCCCCUGCACUCUACAUGGACUCUGUACCCAUUGUGAUCCAGGUAUGUGGGACAGUGGACAUGUACCUACUGUAGAAUGUAUUGGACAUCCAGAUGAUACUCCAUGUCCUUAUUCUAGUACACCCAGUUCUCCCAGUUCCCCUAACUAAUCAUACCAUCGAUCUCAAGUAAUGAACACGUUUUUUUUUUUUGUCCAUACCGGAUUUUAUUUGUUUAUUUCUGAAAGAGAGGUGAUCUCCCUUUAAUAACUUCCUCCAGAAUUUGUUACCAAGGUUACUUCCAACUAGAGUACCGGUACUAUUUAAGGAAAUUAAUAAAGGUCAUGCAAAAAAUAUUCUGUUCCUUUAAAACAUUCUGAUGUAGGAGAGAGGUUUUGAUAUUUUUGAUUUUAUUUAUUGAAAGGAACACGUGGCUUAUUACAAACAUCAAAUUCCAAAGUUCUACAUUUAUAGGGUGACCCACCAUAAAUAAAUAUCUCCAUAUAUCUCGACAAUUACGCCACAAUAUUUAUAUAUAUGCCAAGCCUCAAAUCAGUUUCACACAAUUAUAGUCACCAAAUAAACGAUCAUGUUGUACUUAAUAAGCUAUGACCAUUAAUCAUGUAUAAAUAAUAGACUGAAAACUGGUUCCAAGAGUCGUCCAUAACAUCCAGACACUUUUGAGUAAAAGAUAGGUUACGUGCCCUUGUUUUGAAAUUUGUCUCGCUUAACCAGUCUAUCGACCAUUCUACGUCUGAUUGACAGGUCGGGAUAAUCAAGACUACUUUUUUACGAAACAUAGCAGAAAGCUAGAACAAGAAAUUGAAUUUAGAAAUAAGCACGUUAGGUAGCUCAACAAUCGUUUUAAGAAGCUUGUAAAAGUAAAAUGAAACUACUGCUAGUAUCAUGUUCCUGCCUAACCCGAGUGAUUCAGAGAUAUUAUUUGUACUAAACCAAAAGAUGCCGCUCUUAACGGUACAGUUAAUGAUAAAGCGAUUUAAAAAAUGAAACAAACGUAAUUUCUAAAUCUGCUGUAAUAACCAAGAAGCUUAAUUUUACUGCUAUUCAAAAUCGUCAACAAUAAUUUUUUUACGGCUGUAAUAGUUGAUAGAUUUGUAGAGAAUUGCACGUGCCAUGGCUAUUUAUAGUAUCAUACUGUCAGAAAGUUGGUCUCGGCACGGCGAAUGUGCACGCUUCAGUGGUAGUCUCGAACUAUCAGCGGUGGGCUGUAUUUCUGUGUGUACAUGGGUCACCCUAACAUUUAUUUCAUCACAUGUUUAGGCAUGCUGUAUAAUGGAAUUCACUUACAUAAUUACUAAUUCUUGGGUUAUAUAUGUCAAGUUUAUUUGAUUUAUAAGCACACUUGUCUUGAUGGUUUUCACUUCCUGAUGAACAUGAGUCAAUUUCAAUUACAUUUAUCAGGGUUAUAUAUGUACACUAUAAUUAAACCUACUGGAGCUUUCUGACUUCCAACAGGAAAUGUUUACUACAGUUACCUCCCUUUAGCAUGGGAAACAGAAACAUGGCAUAAUCUGUGUGAAUGUUUUUAUGUUUUAGAAAAAUAAAUUACCUGAUGAAUUUGUAUCUGAGAACCAGAAUAUCUGUUUAUGACCAUAGUAUGAAUGUAUUGUGUUACCAGGAUAUUGAUCGGGCAUAUUAUUUAUAUUUAAAUAAGAUAACUUUAUGUACACAUGACCAAGAGCCAACAUGAUUUUAAGAUGGCUAUCAUACAUAUAAACCUAGUAAGGCUUGUAUACAAUUAGCUGAACAUUUAUUGCAAUACGUAUAUAUACGAACAAAUAUAAGGUCAAAAAUGUUAUGUAUUUAAAGAUUAAAACAAAAAGGGUGGCUUAAAUAAUACAAAUAUUAAGGAUUGAUUAUAUUGAAUAAUAUUUGGACCAAUAACAUUUAGGGAUAGUCGUUUACAUGUGUCAUCUCUAUACUUGCAGGUUAUUUGGGCAUGUUGUGUCUUUAAGUAUACAAAUUUUAUCAUUAUUGAUUUAUUUAGCAAUCUAUAGAUAUUAUAAGAUUUAUUUAGCUAUCUACAAAUAUUCCAUAUAAUUUAAAUUAUAUUAUGUUUUAAAAUUUUAUUGUUUUUUCGUUUAAUGUGGUUGCGGACUUUAAUUAAGAUGAAUUGAAGAACAAGAUUAUUAUAUACUGAUCAUAUUGAAUCUCAAUAUACUGCCAUUCCAAGAUUCCAGUCAAAUUUAAACAUUGAAUCUUAAUUACUCAAUUUUGUGAAAGAUUAUUUAUAAUUUACAAAAACUAAUGUUAUUAUUAAUUUAUUUUGCAUAUUUAUUAACAUUCCUGAUAGAAUAUUAUUUCAUGUAAUAUGUUCAGACAUGGUUACGAUGAUCGAUAUGACAGUCAUAAUAAGAAUUCCAAUAUCAAUUGAGAAUGGACCUCUUUUGUUUGUAAAAAUUAGUUAAAUUUAUAGACUCAUUAAGAUGUGUAUUUAGAGACUGAUGUAUUAUAUGAAUUAUAUAAAUUGUAUUUAACUACCUUGUAUAAACAUUGUAUUGUACUAUAUAUUCCCUAUUAAACAUUUGACUGAAUCAGGCAGCUAAAAAGCAUUGAACAAAAUCGCUAGAAAUUACAUAUUAAUACUCUGGAUUCAAAUAUUAAUAAAUGAUGUAUAAGUAAUAAUAUAUAAACGUUUGAACAAAUAAUCAAGAUUGGCGCUGUGUGGCAUGUGAUUUGCAGCAAAAUAUAUUACAUAUUUUAUACAGAUGACUUAGGAAAUACUUUGGUAAUGUUCAUGAACUCUUAAAUUGAGCUAAGUUAUGGAAGUAGCUUUUUCAUUUGUUAAGAGCGAACAGAUAUGUUCUUUGAUUUCAACACUCAAAAAAUGAAAAGGCUGUAUAUUAAGUUUUUGUUUCUUUAAGUUGUCGCUGUAUUCAUUUUUAUGAAGAUUUUCGUUGUAUACACGAAACUCUCCUCACAAAAAUGUAUUAAAAUUAUAUAAUCUGAUAGCAGCCAUCACCACAAAAAAUAGCUAAGAAGAAUUGAUGAUGACAUGGUUUCAGAUAUUUAAAAUUAUUGUCUGAGUAUUUGUACAAUGUCUAUAGAAACUUCAAUCUGAUUAAAACACAGAUCCUAUUUUGUUUAGUUUUUUAUAGUUAAAAAUUUAGUUGUUAUAUAACUCGCAUUCUGGUUGAGGUGAGAGGUUAGUUGAUGAAAGGGUCUGUUGCCAUGAGUUAUUGGCAUGUGAAGUACAGAACUGUGGGUAUCCUACUAGAAACAUCAACGCUGAUUGGUUAAUUAAAUGUCUGACGUCAUAUGGUCAAAAGUCGCUCGUUUGACCCCUGAUGCGACCUUCCACUACAACUGGUCAAAUCUUCAAAUAGUAGAGUCCAUCGAAAGUAUAAAAAACGAAACGAAAUAUGGAUCUGUAUUUUAAUCCGAUUGUAAAAACUUUAUAUUGUUAAUAAAUAUGUUAAUAUUGUUACAGUCUCAUCAUUGAUUGACACUAUAUUAGUUGUGUUUGUAGACUACAUAUUAUGUGGACUCGUCAUAGCAAAAUGAGUCGGUUGCAAGUCUUUUACGAUAUGAACAAUAAUGUUAAAAUAGGCUAAAACUAUCUUUUUAAUGAUAUACCAGGAAUGGUAAAAGUUUAGAUUUUGUUCAUGUAUUAUCGUAAACAAUGACAUCCAACUCAUAUUGCUGCCUACUGGUAAUAUAUUUAUAGUUUUAGAGCUGUGUGUGGGUUGUAGCGUAAUCUUUAUUUCAUAGUGUAAUAAUAUAUAUUUAUCAUUAUUGAUUGUACAUAAAAUAUAUCAGUAUAUAUUACACUCAUGUUAAUUAUUACGCAUUGUGUUCUUUUUAUUCAUGUAUUUCACGGUUAAAUUUAAAUAUUUCAAUGAAUUAUCAAAUAUUUUUAUAGUACCUAUAUUAUACAUAGCAUUGGGAUUUUGUAAAAUUUAAGAAGUACGGGUACCUAACAUUCCUGUAGAAAUGUUUGUUUUGUUAAAACAGAAUUACACAUUUAUUUGAGUUUUAAAAUAUAAAUUAUAAAUACCAGUACUCAGAUUACCUGGCAUUUAAUAACUAACGAUUUAUUAUAUAGCAUAUAUUAUGGUACAAUAGUUUAUUCAAUCUAUAUAAUAGGUCUACAGAUAUUACAUAACAACAUUGAUACCACCGUAUUACAAGACUACAAGGCAAUAGGGUACUUAUUUACCACAAAUUCACAGAUAUUAAAAGGAUAUAAUUAUCUCAAUGCCGUGUUAGAGCUACAUACCAUGGGUCACUGUGUCUCAGUCCAUAAGUUUGAAGCUUACUUUUUCAGGGGAAUAUACUUUUCCCCUUUUUUCCUGGAUCUUUUCUUUAGCUGUAUAUGUUGUUCCUAAAGUUACUUUAGGUUACCUUUUCAUGCGAGUCACAUUAUUUCCAAAUAGCUUUUCAGAUGGCAAUAUCUCGACAACUCAUUAUAUAAAUAUCACAGAUUUUCACAGAUUACCAUUUUAAACAUAGAGAUUCCUUUAAUUACAUGUAUAUUGUUAUCUUGUGAAAGAAUCACAUACCAUUCUGUGCUACUCAAAAAUUACAUAUAGGCCUACUAUAGGUUUCAUAUUCUGUUAUCGUAGAAUUUAUUUGUUAAUGAUUGUGUAGGCUAAUAUUAUGAGUAUGAUCAAUGUCAUUAUUUAUAUUACUAGUUUAAUCUGUGAAAUGAAGUAUGGUCAACGUCAUUAUUUGUAUUACUAAACUGUGAAAUAUUUGCUUAGUACAAUCAAUGUCAUCAUUUAUAUUACUAGCUUUUAAAAUGUGAGGAAAAUAUUGGUUGUGAGUAUGAUCAAUAUUCAAUAUCAUUAUUUAUAUUACUAGUUUAAACUGUUAAAUAUUGUUGUGAGUAUGAUCAGUGUCAUUAUUUAUAUUACUCGUUUAAUCUGGGAAAGAUCUAUUUAUUAUUAAUUUAAUUGUGUUGCAUGCUAUUGUAUUAUUGAUGUUUCAUAAUAUUGUUAUCUCAUGUGCAAGCUCAAAUUACUCAAGUGGUAUAUGAUCUGUAGAUAAAACAGUAGGAGAUUUGUUUUGUAUAACUACUUCCAGUUAUGUUCAGUAUUGUUAUAUAUUCAGAUUACUCAAUUAGUUAGUGAUCUGUAGAUUAGAUUUGUUUGUGUUCAUGUAUCUACCGUUAAAUACAUAUAUGUCUGGUUUCAAAUUUGUCAUUCAAUGAAUGAAGGCCCAUGUAUCUUUUCUUGUUUACCUUUUUCUCUUGUGACCAAAUGUUGUUUUCAUAUACUACAUUCCUAUAUUUCUCUUUACAUAAGAGACAAUAUUGAGUUUUAACAUCCUUUCAGGACUAACACAGUAUAUAUUUAUAUAGGCUAUAUAGUCUGUGUGUUUGUCAUGUAUAAAUGUGGGACUGAAACCACACCACAUCAUUUGCAUUGAUGACACCACUUGCAUUAAAUUAACUUCUAGAAACAGUGCGAAUUCGGUCAAUCUGUGAACUGAUGUGGUACAGGGUUUGAAUUAGAUCAUAAAUAGAAACUGACUUGAAAUGGCUAUAAUUCAUGCAAUUGACUUGAAAUGGCUAUAAUUCAUGCAAGAAGUGAUCAAUUUGACUUGUCACCGAAUAUGGUCUCAAAAUUUUAUUCUCUCAACAGAUUAAACCUCAUAAUUACUUACUGUUAUACAUCUAUGUACAUUAUUUAACAUUGUUAAUUGUUUGUUUUUCUCUUCCUAAUCACUAGUCAUUGUGUAAAAAUACAAUGUAUCAUUCUGUUA